GUUAUGGAUCAAUGCAAUUCAUUCGGGUUGGAAUAAGUUGGAUGAUUGAGUUGUACACUUGUACUCCAGCGUAUAUCAUCAACCCGAAAUGUCAUGCCAAAAAAGAACCUUGAACACCGCGAGAUCUGUCAUUCGAAUACCGUGAUCCGAAGUGAUCAAUGAUUGCACAUGGAUCAUUUUUCCGCCAUCUCCAUUCGUUGCUCAAAUCUGGUGAAAAAGUUGAUGUUACUGUACUGUAAUUCGUGAAGGUUGUUUCAGACAAAGGAGUUGGGGGCGAAAGAUGCCAAGCGUCGGUGUGAAGCUUUAUAGUGUAUUCUUCAAAUUCAUGCUGAAGCAUCGGUUGCAGAAUCGAAUUCAAAACCAGGUUACAGACGGACCCGAUGGCAGCCGCACCGCCGCAUUUGGAGUCACUUCUCGGCCAGAGGAAGAGUCCAUCGCCGCCGCUAGUCCCGUCUUUACGGAUGGAGUGGCCACAAAAGAUAUACACAUUGAUCCGUUAACUUCUCUGUCCAUUCGAAUCUUCCUUCCCCAAACCUGCCUUGAUUUCCCUGAUUCCGAUUUCAGACUUCAAGCUAAAUCCAAGGUUAGGGUUACCGUGAGCAAGUCAGAGUCCGUUCCCGGAUCCGAUCCCAAUCAAACACUUAUUCGCCGAAGUAGCUACGGCUCUCCGGCCACUAACAAUAGAUCCAUUUCUCGAACGGAGAGUGUUAAUCAGAGUUUUAAUUACAAUAAUCACCCGAGAAGUAGUCACGGAUGCAGUGCAGAUGAUCUCAGUUUGGCAUCCACUAACGGGGUUUACAGAGGCUACUCACCUGCCAGUAAAAACUGCCGGAAGUUGCCGGUGAUAUUGCAAUUCCACGGCGGCGGUUUUGUGACGGGAAGCAAGGAUACUGUGGCGAACGAUAUCUUCUGUAGAAGGAUCGCCAAGCUGUGUGAUGUGAUUGUGUUGGCCGUUGGGUACAGGUUAGCUCCAGAGAAUCGAUUUCCUGCAGCUUUCGAAGAUGGGUUGAAGGUGCUGCAUUGGGUAGCUAAGCAAGCUAAUUUGGCUGAAUGUUGUAAGUCCUCAUUGGGAAGCAAGCAAAUUGCAGAUGCCUUUGGAGCAUCAAUGGUGGAGCCUUGGAUGGCUGCUCACGGAGAUCCGUCAAGAUGUGUACUCCUUGGAGUGAGCUGUGGGGGUAAUAUUGCUGAUCAUGUGGCACGGAAAGCCGUAGAGGCAGGCAAGCGCUUGAACCCGGUCAAGGUAGUGGCACAAGUUCUGAUGUACCCCUUUUUCAUCGGAAGCAUUCCCACACACUCGGAGAUAAAGCUUGCCAACUCCUACUUCUACGACAAGGCCACAUGUAUACUCGCGUGGAAAUUAUUACUACCAGAGAGUGAAUUCAAUCUUGACCACCCAGCCGCUAACCCACUUGUCCCAGGGAGGGGACCUGCAUUGAAACGGAUGCCCCCAACAUUGACAAUUGUGGCAGAGCAUGACUGGAUGAGGGAUAGGGCCAUUGCCUACUCAGAGGAGCUGAGGAAGGUAAAUGUUGAUGCGCCGGUGUUAGACUAUAAGGAUGCAGUGCAUGAAUUUGCAACUCUAGACAUGCUUCUUAAGACCCCACAGGCUCAAGCGUGUGCCGAAGAUAUCGCCAUAUGGGUUAAGAAGCACAUCUCUCUCCGAGGUCAUGAGUUUUCAUACUGAGUUAUGAAUUCGGGGACAGUCUUGUAAUUCCCUGUGCCUGAUGGGUCUAACAUUAAAAAGGCCUGUUUUGCCCUUUAUCUGUAGAGAAAACAGAGGUAUAAUUUGGGCAUGAGAUGAUGGUCUCCUUACAAGACCGCCCUGAGUUUUGAUCACACUAUGCUGCACAACCCAUGGGACUCUUUGUAUGCGGAGAUGUCUGUCCGUUGACAAUGAUGAUUCGGGUGUAAGAAAGUACUUUCCCGAUCGAUUGCAGAAUUCGAAGAUAAACCCUGUUGUAGGUGCUCCCCCGACUAAUUCUCUUCAUUCCAUUUGUUAUUGAAUUUGUACAAUCCUUCGUGAAUAUAUAUAUAUAUAUAUAUUAAUGAGAUAUUACCCAAAAUAGGACUAAAAGAGUUAAAAAAUUCCAAAAUAGGACUACCAUGUUUUUAUUCCCAAAAUAGGACUAAUUACUGUCAUGUUUUGGCAAUACCAGACUUCAAACAUGGUAGUAUUUUCCAAACUUGGCAGUAAUUACUCCUAUUUUGGGAAUAAAAACAUGACAGUCCUAUUUUGGAAUUUCCAAACUUUUUUAGUCCUAUUUCGGGAACUUUCCCUAUAUUAAUUUGUACUCCUUUUCCGUCUCUCUGAAUAUAAUUGUAUUUGUUUUUUUGCAUGCACAUUCUUAAAAUCCCUUUGUGCCAUAGUUGUUAGAUUAUUUCGUGCACGCUUUGCUCUGAGAUCGUGACUCCCUCUGAUUUGGGGUUUAGUUGCUUGCACUCUUGACCUAUUGAAAUUUAGAGGGGGUUGUUGAAUUGUUGUUGUUAGAACAAGUUUUGGUUUUCCAUAGUUCCAAAAUGGUUUGGAGUUUGGAUAGUUUUGUCUUGUUGACUGCCCGUCAUUGUAGAUUUUGUAGACGGUGUAAACUACAACAAUAUUUUUAUGUACGCACGUAUUUUAAAAUUUGUGCAAUUUGUUAACUUUGUUUUUAUUGUACCACUUUGAACUUGUAAUGCAUUUAGCUGAAUCGGGG